UUGCCUGCCACCGACACUGGCAGUACGAUCAUCAAGGAGAUACGGGAGAAACGUCCAGAUAUCGGGGGCAGGCAACUGAAGUUAAUCUAUGCUGGUAGACUUGUUGUGGAUCACACUCCUCUCAGUAUGCUUCGUCAACUCCAGGACAACAUUCGAAACUCAGAAGAACAACAACUACCAACCAGCACCGAUCCACGACUGUCUGGUGAGACGAGUAGUGCGAGCAAACAGAGCACACGAGAGGCGAUCUGGCUACACUGUGCAGUGGGUAAUGCGGAAGAUGAAAACGAUCCAAACGCUGCUCCUAACACCGACUCGGAGGUUCCAGUGGCAUACGAGCGUUUAACAGACGCAGGUUUAUCACAGGAUGAUGUCCAAUCUAUCCGAACCAUCUUUCGCCGAUUGAUGUUUGGAAAUAGCGAGGCUGCGGCAUUGUCCACAAACACCGGUUAUGCACCUACGACCGCACAGUUUAAUCGUUUAGAAUCGCAAUGGCUGGACUCUAUCACCCAACCGUCGAUAUUUGAAGAGAAUGAGCCAACAUCUUCUCGCUCAUUUCUCAACUAUCUCCUUCCAUCAUCUGUCCAUGCUUCCCAUGCUCGUACAACGACACAAGGGCUGAUCUUUGGUUUCUUUUUCCCCUUUAUAGCUGGGUCGGUUGUGGAGAUGGUUUCGCGACCUCCUGCCUUUUUUGACGGAAACGUUUGGCCGGAGUUGAAGCCAGAUACAUCUGAGCUCUCUAGUAUCUGGCAGCUGCCAAGCGACCCAGUCCCUGAGGGAUCUAAUAAUGCGCAAAAUUCUAAUAAUGAGCGAUCGGACUAUGCCCAAGAAGAAACCAUGGGGACAGCGGCGCGUGGUGAUACCGCCACUGAAGGAGAGGAAGAAUUUACUGAAAAUAAUUCUUUAUCCCCGACGGAUGCACCGAUGAGGUGUCUUGAUAUUGCAAUGGAGCCCCAGCCCAGCUUAGUAUUUUCGGAUGGGAUGCUGGGGGCGAUCCGUGCGGGGCUCAUCUUAAACAUUGAAGCUGAGACGGCCAGAGAAAGACCCUCAAGGGGGACUUGGAGCGACGUUGGGGACUACUUCCACGACUACAUCUCCGACUUUGUAAGUCUCUUAGCUGACUUUGGGCUGGACCAGAUUGCGGCCGUCAAUACUCAUGCGGAUGGCCAGGAACGCGAAAUCGUCUCACUCAAAGAGCAAAUAGCAACACUUCAACGCGAGAAUGAGCAGCUUAAAACCUCCUUUAAUAAGGUCAGUGCCGCUUGCGGCCCCUCUUAUCCACUUCACUGCCUCGGCGUUGCGGCAGGCGUCAGUGUAAGAAUUGUCCUCGAAAGAAAGAUUUUGCGACUCGAGGAAGCCAUUAGAAUCAUGGCAAAGGAACGCGAGAACGCACUAAACGAUUUGGCUGAUUCGCGUGAAACACAAAACAAGCUCUUCGGGGAUCUCGCCUCAUUAGAGGAUGACAUAUGGGUGCUGAAGAAAAAAUAUAGAGCUGUAGCCGAAGCUUGGGUGAAAACCACUGGCUUGAAAGUCCCGUCAUUUCGUACAGCGAUAGAAGAAGAGGAGGAGGGACCCGACUCCCGUUUACAAGACCAAAAGCGAUACCGACAAUCGUUGCGCGCAAAAGAGCAAGCACAACUCCCCAACUCGGAUGCCGAACCCGCAGAGCCGAUCAAACCCAACUGGGGUGAAUUCAACCCUGCAGAGUUCACCAGCUCGCAAGAAGAGGCGUUGCAAGAAGAGACGCAAAAACGCGAGCUAUCUCCG